UUGAGUUGCAGAGGCAGGCAGACGUAGAUCGCAAGAACGGUUGAGGAGCAAUGGCACCUGAAACCUCAGAGAUGGAGCUUCCUUUCAACGAGGACACUCAGCUUACCAAGUGCAUGCGUAUCCGAGUCCAAACCCUCCAGCAAAAGAAUGGCAAACCUCAGGAGGGUGAGAUGCUCCUCCGAGCCAACGACUACAUCUACCGCUUGGAUUUCCCCAAGCAGAAGCUCAGAUUCCUGUGGUGGAAAGUCCAUUUGAAAACACCGGGGAAAGUCAUGAUCACUGGCACCUCCCAGCAUUGGACCCCAGACCUUACAAACCUCAUGACCCGGCAGCUUCUGGAACCUUCAGCUGUCUUCUACAAGAAAGAUGCCAAGGACAAGGUGGAGUGCAAUGAGGCUGAUGCCCAAGAGUUUGGGGAAAGGAUAGCAGAGUUGGCCAAAAUACGUAAAGUGAUGUACUUUGUCUUCACUUUCUUAGAUGGCGCUGACCCAUCCACCGUCGAAUAUUCCAUUGGCUUCAGGGGCUGAAAGAGCAUUUAAUGUUGGACAAAAACAUUGUGAUUUAUUAAUAUAUUUGUAUUGAGAACAAAUGGACUUCAACCACUGAUCUCCAAAUUCGGUUCUUCUUUAGAAGGUCCAAUUAAGCAUGAAUAAUUAACAUCCUUUUUAUUGUCUGCCAAAUGGACUUGUCAUCCAGUGUAUGAAUAAUGAUGAUCAGCUUCCCACCAUAACCUGAUUAUUAAUGAUGUUCCUGUUUGCUUAUCUGUAGUUUGUAUAAUACGUAGCACUAAGUGGUUUCAUUAAUGUAGGGGCAGUGUGUUACUAAGUGUAGCAUGGAGCUAACAUAGUAAGAGGAAGACCCAUCAAACCUUCACAUAAGGCCAUGAUUUUGUAUAGUUCCAUAUCGGUGUGUUUUCUAUAUAUUAUAUGUGGGACUGGGUCUGGGAGAACCCUACUUCACUGACCAUGUAGUCUGGACCCCCUGAACUCAACCCAAGACAAAAAAGUGUGUAUAGGUAAACCAUUUUUGGUGAGUGUACUGAGGUUCUUCUUUAUUAGCACCAAAACCAGGGAAGGGUACAUUUGGGGACCUUGGAUGUCACAUCUACAGCAUGCAGAAGGUACCAAAAAACUACAACUCCCAAAGUACAGGGAUUGCACAUUGGUGUCCAGUGCUUGGGUAUCAGUGUCUGAGGGGUCAGGCCCUGGGGGUUAUUGGUGUCUAAGGGGGCCCUGGGGAUAUAGGUGCCUGUGGAGAUUACUGCUGGUGGGUUCAGUGGAAUGGUGGGGUGUCACUACUUAUGAGGUUGAGGUCCCUGCACAUAUCAGAGCUUGGUACCAUCUCCCACUGAUCAUUGAAAUACAAACCCAUAGUGUGAUAGGAUACCAUGGUACCAUCUGAUUGGCAGCCUGGAUAUACUGUAUUCUUUGUAACCCAUCAAGAAUUGUAUUGGAAUCCGUUCUACAACCUGUUGUAAAUCAUUUGUUGUAAUGGUUUGACCAUAUUCACACUAACGCAGAAAUUUUAUGUAUUUAUCUCCUGGAAAAUAAAGCUUGAGAACCAU